AUGGCAUCGAGAUACCGUGACGACUCCAACAGGAGCAGAUGGCCGCUGGUGCUCCGCUUCGUCAAGGGCGCAAUCCACAGGGACAUCGCGCUCCCGGUCUUCUUCCACGCCCUGUUCACCACCGUGAUCGUGACCCUGCACGUCCGGCUGCAGCACAACUACGGCCUGCCCUCGAGCGUGGUGUCGUCGCUCUCCAUCGUGGUCGGCCUGAUGCUCGUCUUCCGCAACCAGACGGCCUACCAGCGCUUCUGGGACGGCCGCAACAACUUCGCCACGGUGAUCACCUCGGUGCGCAACCUGAUGCGGUCCUUCCUCGCGUGCUCGGGCGGGCCCGGCGGCAACGGCUGCGCGCAGCUGUCCCAGGCCGAGCGGGCCGACGUCGAGCGCACCGCCCGCGUGCUCAUGGCCGUGCCCGACAGCAUCAAGAACACCCUGCGGGCCGAGUGGGGCUCCCUCAACACGGCGGCGGACCAGUACGGCCAGGGCCUGCUCCCGCGCGAGAUGCGCGCCCACGAGGACGAGGGCCUGACGCUGCCGGUGCAGCUGACGUUCCUCGUCGAGGCCUUCAUCGCGAGGGGCCAUGCGAGGGGGUGGUUCCACGCGCCGCAGGCCUCGCAGCUGACGGUGCAGCUCAACACCCUCAUCGAUGGCUUUGGCCGGAUGGAGACCAUCCGGCUCACCCAGUUCCCCGUGGCCAUCCUGAUUCACCAGAGGCAGGUCCUGGCGCUGUUUGGGUGCGUCCUGCCGUUUGCCGUGGUGGAUGAGAGCCACUGGUGGUCAGUGCUGAUCGUUGCGCUGGUGAUGUUUACCCUCUAUGGCAUCGAGGGGAUCGCGUGCCAGCUCGAGGACCCGUUUGGGUAUGAUCGAAAUGAUAUCAAGAUGGAUGUCAUCGUUGAAGAUGUACGCGUUGAGCUGGGAGUAAUGCUUGACGAGUGGAGAUCGACAGUCGCCGGGCCAGUCAAGAAGUCCAUGUUCUUGGGUGAUAUCGAGACUUGA